AUGGGACGACAAAUCUACAGUCUGGCUCUUGAUUCCUCCCAAAAAUGGAAUGGCGCUUACACCUUUUUCUCUUUUCUCUAUCAAAGCAACUUAGGAUCAAGUUCAAGGAUAUUGCUGGUUGCUUGCUUUGAAGCCAAACAAAAAAUCAGUGAAUUCGUGGACUAUCUCAAAAACCCGAACAAAUAUACGAAAUUGGGUGCGAAGCUACCUCGUGGUGCAUUGCUCACCGGUCCUCCUGGAUGUGGAAAGACUCUCAUUGCGGAAGCUUUGGCAGCUGAAUCGAUAGCAUCAUUUAUCUCAAUGAACGGGUCCGAGUUUGUGGAAGUUAUUGGCGUCAUUGAGCGAAAAGAAAUGUUCGAUCUGUACCUGAAGAAGAUCAAACUUGACCAUCCUUACAACAAAUUUUCUCAUCGUCUAGCCCAGAUGACGCCGGGUUUUACUGGCGCUGAUAUUGCUAGUGUCGUCAACGAAGCUGCUAUACGAGCUGCCUCCACAGGAAAGCAUGUAGUUUCUGUGAAUGAGCUUGAGUACGCAAUGGAUCGGGUUCUAGCAGGUGCUGAAAGAGGUCACGUUCGUUAG